AUGACUUUCUUAAAGUUUCUGGACACUGAACGAGCCUGGACCGAAAGUGACCUUAUAUAUUGGUUCGAACAGGCUCUAUGGAGAUUCGAUGGCAUUCGUAUUGUCAUCAACAACUUUGAUGAGUGCGAUGCGAACUCGCGGAAAACGUUUAUUCAAUAUCUCUCCCGUGUUGUGGUUAGUAACGAAAAGUCAUGGAAAGUAUUUGUUACUAGUCGAGCCGAUAAUCUAAGUGAUGAGUUAUUAGACUGGCGAAGCCUCGAUCUUAGUUUAGCGUCUACCUCUGAUGAUUUUCAACUCGAUUCAUCACAGGACACAAAAAAGAAGCAGCAGCAAAGUGAGGAUCUACCCCAAUCAUACGACUUCGAUCAUAUUUCGUGGGAAAUUCCUGCAUGGUUCGAUGGUAUUGAUUUCCUAGCACGUUCGGUAAUCCAAGAGCAAUUGGUGCGGAGAAUAGCGUUGAAUAGGAACGCUGCGCCGGAAGAUUUUCUCAGGCCAAUAGAUGACAUAACGGCCAAUACUCCUCCGAAUUGA